AUGGAGCCGCCGCGGAGCCUCCCGGGGCUGGAGCGGGAGCGGCCGGCGCUGGACGCGGCCGGAGGGUGCCCGUCCCCGCUGGACUCCAGGGCCCUGCCCGGCAGGAAGGUCUGGGUCAAGCUGCGGGCGCUGCUCCGGUUCCUGGUCAAGCAGCUCGAGGCGGGCGAGGUCAGCGUGGAGGAGCUGAAGCGGAACCUGGAGUACGCGGCCUCGCUGCUGGAGGCGGUCUGCAUCGACGAGACCAGGCAGGCGCUGGACACCGAGGACGAGCUGCGGGACAUGGGCUCGGACGCGGCCGUGCCCUCCGAGGUGCGGGACUGGCUCGCCGCCACCUUCACGCAGCAGGCGCGGGCCAAGGGGCGCCGGGCCGAGGAGAAACCCAAAUUCCGCAGCAUCGUGCACGCCGUGCAGGCUGGCAUCUUCGUGGAGAGGAUGUUCCGCCGGACGUACACGGCCGUGGGGCCGAGCUACUCCUCCUCCGUCCUCAACUGCCUGAAGGGGCUGGACCAGUGGUGCUUUGACGUGUUCUCGCUGCACCGCGCGGCCGAGGAGCACUCGCUGCGCACGGUGGUGUUCGAGCUCUUCACCCGCCACAACCUCAACAGCCGCUUCAAGAUUCCCGGCGCGUUCCUGACGUCGCUGCUGGACGCGCUGGAGGGCGGCUACGGAAAGUUCCGGAACCCCUACCACAACCAGGUGCACGCGGCCGACGUCACCCAGACCGUGCACUGCGUCCUGCUGCGCACCGGCAUGCUGCACUGCCUGUCCGAGAUCGAGCUCCUGGCCAUCGUCUUCGCCGCCGCCAUCCACGACUUCGAGCACACGGGGACAACGAACAGCUUCCACAUCCAGACCAAGUCGGACACCGCCAUCCUGUACAACGACCGCUCGGUGCUGGAGAAUCACCACAUCAGCGCCGCCUUCCGCCUGAUGCAGGACGAGGAGCUCAACAUCUUCGUCAACCUCACCAAGGACGAGUUCGCGGAGCUGCGGGCGCUGGUCAUCGAGAUGGUCCUGGCCACCGACAUGUCCUGCCACUUCCAGCAGGUCAAGUCCAUGAAGACGGCGUUGCAGCAGCUGGAGAGGCUGGACAAGUCCAAGGUGCUGUCGCUGCUGCUGCACGCGGCCGACAUCAGCCACCCCACCAAGCAGUGGGCGGUGCACAGCCGCUGGACCAAGGCCCUCAUGGAGGAGUUCUUCCGGCAGGGGGACAAGGAGGCCGAGCUGGGGCUGCCCUUCUCGCCCCUCUGCGACCGCACCUCCACGCUGGUGGCCCAGUCGCAGAUCGGCUUCAUCGACUUCAUCGUGGAGCCGACGUUCUCGGUGCUCACCGACGUGGCCGAGAAGUUGGUGACGCCGCUGGCCGAGGACGGCUCCAAGGCCAAGGGCAACCCCGCGGCCACCCAGCAGCCCAGCUCGCAGUGGCGGCAGCCGUCCCUGGACGAGCACCUGGAGGACAUCAAAGCCGACCUGGCCGGGUUCCGCUCCACCUGGACCAAGCACAUCCAGGAGAACAAGCAGAAGUGGAAGGAGAGGGCGUCCAGCGGCAUCACCAACCAGGCGUCCAUCGAUGAGCUGUCCCCGUGCGAGGAGCCCGCGGCCACCGGGAGCCACAGCGAGAACGGGGACGUGGAAUAG